GAGACGCUCGGCCUUUGAUAAUACGUCAUCGCGAGUCAACAUUAGCCUCAUUAGUUUCAUUCAACUCUGUCAUCACGUAUGUUAGAAGUAGAACAAGAAGUGCAUGAACAGGAGUAAAUCAUUCGUCUGUAGUACCGGCCUCCCAAAAAAUCUGCAUUUCGUAAAGGUAUGGCGGCCAUUUCAGACCCGGAUUCCGAGUACACGGACUGCGUUGGUGACUGGGUCAAAAACGGCACGUUUUUUGAGUUUGAAACGUUGCCAAAAUUGCAUCCCGGUCAUCUUCCCAUCUCCAUCAAUAAAGACUUUGACUCCUGGCUCAAAAUCCCAGUAAAUGUCAAAAAAGAGGCGGACAUUCAGAUGAGACUUUCCCUCUUUUGGAUGCCCAUCCUGCUGAAUGUUGAUGCCAUGAGCGUCUCCUUCCACUGGGCUAUGAACAUCGGCUUACUCAACGCACAUGACCCGGCCUUUGUGAGUCUGGAGACUCUACGCAAGAUCGAAACCAUAGAGGCGAUUCUGAGAGCUUUGGAGGCUGCAGCUUAUUUCCAGGACCAAUUGCCUCGUCUCGCCUCAAUCCAUAACAGCUUUUACGAGCAAUCGCCAGAGGCUCUCAAAGACGCGAUGGAGUGGCUGGAGCAGUCGGGAGAGCCCGACAUGCGCUCCCGUGUCGAGGCCCUGGCCCACCAGGCCCUUCGCCACUCUGCUUUGGGCUUCAUCUUCCACCAGUACAUGUUUUACAUUCAUAUGAUGGGGAUGAGCGUGUGUGGGACGAUGAUGGAGCUGCAAGUGAAGCCCCAUGAGGACGCUCAAGCGGCAAGUGAGUACCACAAGAAAGUCGGGAACAACCUCUUUCAGGAGGAGAAAUACCAAGGAGCGGCGUUUGAAUAUACGAUAGCCGUCAGAUUCAACCCUGAAAAUCACAUCGCCUUCAGCAAUCGGGCACUUUGUCACACCCGCCGUCAGAACUACCUAGACGCUGCUGUGGAUGCAAAGCGGGCCACUCUGAUAGAACCAUCCUACACCAAGGGCCACUAUCGCUACUGCGAGGCUUUGUUCCUGUUGGGUGAAGUCCAGUGGGCAGUGAGCGCCAACAAAGAGGCGCGGUUUCUGUGCGCCGGCGACCGGGCGGGAAUCAAAGACCUGGAGCAGCAAAAUCUGAAGUUUGUGAGCAAAAACCCAAAAGGCGGCAAAGGCAAGAAAGCGGGACCCUGCAAGAAAAAAACGAGAGCAGCUGAAACCAUUAAGGAGACUCAAAAUUCAAUUAAACCAGAGGACACGAACAAUUCGACUGUUGUCGAGACGCAGCGGCUGUCAAGAGAAAGUGACGGCAAUGGCAGUAGUAAUAAUAAUCAUAUUAAUGGUGAUGAUAUGGGCAAUGGGGUGUGCAAGGUGAACAAGCAGAACCGACCAGAAGUCGAGGACAGGACGGCCGGCGCCAAAGAGUCGCCCAAAACUUCAAAGAAGAAAUCCACGGCCAGUAAAGACAACUGGGACAGCUCCCCUGACCGAAGCCAAUCCCCCCGAGGUUCUUUGAGUGAUGUGUUGAAGAUGGCCCAUACUUCCUUGAUCAAACAGUGCUAUUACAACGCCGACACCUUCUUCAGACAAGCGGCAAGCCUGGUCAACUCCUUUACGUCGGACCAAAAGAAGAUCAUUGGGUUCUCUGCGCUGGAUAUGCAGCUGGUGCUUUACGGCCGUGUGUCCGCCCUGACGGAAAUUGGCAAGCCUCAGGAGUUUGCAGAAGCACGAAAACUCCUGGAGGAGAUCAAAUCAUACAAGGAGAGGGGUUUUCGUUGUCUGGUUUCCUACGGCUGUGGGAGGAUUUACCUCAAAGAGAAAAAGUUUGCGGCGGCGCUGGAACAGUUUGAAGAUUCCCUGCAGAUGGUGAGGAAUCGGAUCACGCCGGGGAAACUCACCUGGCCGCAGACCACAGACAUCGUUCGAGAGACCGAUCUGGACCUUUUUCAAGAAAUUCUGGAGGAUUCCAUAUAUGCGUGCAAAUUCCCUCCUCCACCCGAUGGCACCUGUCGAUAUGAGGACUGCCUCGCCCCAUCCAAAAAUAUCUACAUCACCGACCCGGACUUUAAAGGCUUUGUGGAGUUCAAGUGCAGCCAGAAGUGCAUCAUUGAAUACCACAGCGCCUGCUGGAAAGCGUUGAAGCCGCCGUCCUUUGACAAGUGCGAAAAGCCGUGUCCGACUCCCGACUGCUCGGGUGUCAUCGAUUCCAUUAAAGUUAUUGACGCAACGGGCCUGAUAAAACACGUGCAGGGUGCCAACGCAAGGGCGGAGAGCCCGAGGAAAGUCAAAGUCAACCAGAAGCCUCCUACGGGGGUGAAGAAAUUGAAGGAGAAGAACCACGGAAAAAAAGAGGAGAAUACGAAGACUAAGCAGACCUCGGAAAACAAGGCCAGCGUCAGCGAUGACCUUCCGCUGCCCAAAACCGUCACCGCGGCGCAGGCACAACAGAAGGCCUGGUGGCUGUACCAAGAUCGAGUCCUGGUGCAGGUCAGUCAGAUGAUGCAGCUGCUCCGCCAGGAAAAGGGUCUCGCCGCGUCGGACGUCAGCCGCUGCCUGAAACCCUGGCUGGAGCUGGACUCGGCGCGGGGCAACCGGCUGGCCGCCAAGAUGCUGGACUGGGAGCGGGAGCGCCUGGAGACGCUGGAUCAAGCCGCGGAGCUUCUCCUCCAGAGGAAGAAUCGCGUUUGGGCGCGCGCCUUCAUCCAGCUGCUUUCAAAUACUUUGAAUAUUAACGCCGACCUCAGCCGCUGGGCGGGACGGCUGGACGAUGCAGAUCUCAAGGCGGCCAAGUCGUUCGUUGAACGCAAUGCAGACCACCUGGAUGAACUGGACCUAAGCCCGCUGUUGACCUUUGCCCCUUUGAAAGAGAUUAUUUCUGACCACGACCCCCCUGGCGCCGACUUGACUUCAAGCAACUUGACUAAAUAUGUCAAAUGGGCUCCGCCGCAUGAAAUGAGACUUUUUAUCUGGACUCUCGAGGAGCAUAAAGAUGUUAACAUCUCGUUAAAUAAUUUACUCGAUGAAUAUUUUGUUUGUAUGAUAGACGGACACUGUUCUGUUCUAAAGAAAUCCGGUAAUCAAAAUAGUUUUCCCGCGAGCAAUAAGAGCCGAGGACGAAGAAAAAAAAAAGAGCCGCAGGUUCUUCCAUUUAUUUGCGGGUGGGAAAAUGAUGCGGCGGAUGAGUGGGACCAAGAAGAGCCGAUGUACAGAUAUUUCCUUGACCCCGACGAGCCCUUUAGCAUUCCCCACCACCUUCGAACGCCCAUCGCCCAGUUUGAGGAACAGUAUUACGGCACGGGGCGCACGAGGGAGGCUCAACGGAUUUUGGACAACAAUCCGGAUUUCACCGUGGAAAAUUUGUAUGAGUAUUUUGCGCAGGUUCUGGAAGAACACGGCCCCCUGCCGGCCGACGACCCGCUGCUGCGAGGCGAGAUCGAAAACUUCCCGCCCGUGGCUCAGGCCAAGAUCCAACAGGCGGGCGGCUUGGAGCGCUUCCUGCUGCAAUCCCUUCGCUUCAGCGACAUCGGUGGCCGCGUGGGUCUGGCCAAGUGGGCCGCGGCCCUGCAGGCGGCCGCCCGCUUGGACCUCCCGCAGCCUCCGCACGUAUUUUCAUCCGGCGCAAAUCUUCGUAACGCCGAGCCUUAUAUAACUUUCGAUAUGGAUAAACUCCUCCCACCGAUCGGCAAAGGCCCUGUCAAUAACUCGGGCUGCGGCAAGCUUUCGCCCAACCCCUUUCGAUCCCUGGAUCUUUCUGCUGGCCAGGUGGACGAGGCCUGGGAAACGUAUUCCGAUACAAGUGAUUUAAGUUUAACACCGGCUAAAGCCAUUUUGAAGAAACACGCAGAAGUACAGACAUAUCAAGCAGUCAAGGACUGUGUUGCGGUGAACACGGAACCUUUGCAGCCUUACGAGAGCCUCCAGGGUGAUAUCAACAAAAGGGUCAAGCGGAUUCAAGAAAUGGGGCAGCAGAUAAGUAAAAUAGCCCACGACCGCGAGCUGGUGGAUCAGAAGCACCAGAUGACUUUGGCGUCCUUGGAGAAAGACAUCCAGGAGAUCAGUACAAACAUAAAAGUUACGGACAAAGAGAUGAGCCUGUUCCAGCAGAAGCUUGAGGAGGAGGUGAAGAGGGACCAGAAGGAGAAGAAAGCCAACCAGGAGGUGCUGAAGGCCCUCAAGAUUGAGACGGAAAAGUUGGUGGAGGAAGGGGCGAGUUUCAGCAAACAAAUUCGAGCAAACAAGACCAGCUAUGACGAGAAGUUGAACAGGUUCUUGGACCUAAGCAAUCAGUCAGCAGCCGAGAAGAUGAGUCUGGAGGAUGAGAUCAAGCGCUGCAGAAACUCCAUCGCCGCAGCGCACAGAAGGUCCCGCAGUGCCCAAUUGUCCAUGUUGGAGAGCAGUCGCGAUCAGCGCCUGUACGGCCUCCGCGCUCGGUUGGCUGACGCCAAGACUCUGCAGCUCAAGCUGGACAAAUGCGUGCAACAUGGUUCUCGACACUUCACUGGCAGAUAUCCCUCCCUGGAAGCCAGCAGACAAAACAUGGGAGGCAAAAUCCAAGAGCUGGAGCAGAAAAUUGCUGCUUUGGAGAUACAGUACAAGGACCACGUGGAGCAAGUCAAACGUGGCCAAGAGGUAAAAGAGCUGCUCGGGAGUCACCAAACCGAUCCUCAAGUUUCUCUGCUGUCUUCCGAUGUGGCCGCGUUGAGCGUUGUUCUCCCGCCUCCGCCGCAGUCGACCGUAGCUGCCGCGCAGGCCGCGGCCGCAGAGACUCGGAACGUAGCCGGACCCACGCAGGCCGCCGGAAACACCGUGCUUGACAAGGCCGUGGAGAGCCUCGGCACCAUCUUCCCCGAAUACACCAGGUCGGACUUGAUGAAGUUUUUUAAGGAUCUGCGGUCAGCCAAUGGCGGCAGUCUGAGCAACAUGAGCUUGCAGGACGUGGUCAGUGCAGUGAGCCAGCUGAUCCUGGACCAGAAGGAGGCGAUCGCAUCCGGGGCGACAUCCACCAACGCUGCGGCGGGGGCUGCGGCUGCACCACCUCCCGUCGAGCCCUCUUCGAUCUGGCAGAAGUCACGGGACCAACCACCGCUCGGCGCCAAUGCGCUGAACUUGGAGGACCCUUGUGCCAUCUGUCAUGAAGAAAUGAGUCCACCCCACUGCUUGGUUUUGGAGUGCAGACACGCCUUCCAUGAGAAAUGCAUCGCGUCGUGGCUGAAGGAUAGUAGCACGUGUCCCAACUGCCGGAAGGAAACCAGGUUCAAAGACUUCCCUGUGCUACCCGGUAGGAGGCGCCAGGCUCCGUGAUGUCCUCUCUUAUUUUAAUUUGCCCUUUUGAUGUAGAUGUUCUUAGCUAUGACUCAUAAAAGUCAAGUUUGUUUUCCUGGCAGUCAUGACACUUCAAAGCUGGACUAAUUGAGGGGGAGGCCAACUGUUUUUUUUUUUCCCAUGGCCUAAAAACACCCAUCACAAAAUCACUGGAAAUAAAUAAACAAACGCUUGAAAGUGUGGGAAAAGUUUA